AUAAGGGUUUCCUCAGAAGAAGUGACAGCUUAUAUGUUUAGAAGUGAGGUCGUUUCUUAACACAAACGAUGCAAGAGGAGGAAGUUCAAUAUGCUGCAGUGACGUUCAAAAAUAAGAAAAAAAGGAAAUCUAUAUCUAAAAAUGGGGAAGAAUGUGCUUACGCUGAAGUAAAUGUGAAAAAUCUAAAUACUCAACAGACUUCUGACUUAAAAGGAUGUUCAUCAGAGAAAGGAGCAGAAAGAAAACGCCUCUACUGUCUGAUUUUGGGUUGUUUGUUUGCCUUGCUUUGCAUUGCACUGAUGUUGGGAAUCAUAGGAUUCCUUUUUUAUCAAAGCAAGAUCAAAAGUCUAAACAUGCAACAAGAGGAGCGGAAAAAUCAAACUGGCAAGCUGGAGGAACAAAUAAAAAAGCUGAAGGAACAAAUGGAAAAGCUGGAGGAAAUUCAGAAUGAGCUUAACGUCAGCAGAGCUCAGUGGAGCAUUAAUGAGUACUGUCUUAAAAAGAGCAACGGCGGAAAGUGUUCGCCAUGUCAGGAAGGCUGGAACCAUUUCCAAACCAGCUGCUAUGCAUAUAAUGAUGCAGACGAAAAGGAUCGAAAAAACUGGACUGAAGCACGAGAAAACUGUACAGGAAAGGUUUCAGAUCUGACUGUUGUAGAAAACGAGGAGGAAAAGGAGAUAAACAACAACUUUAGUCCUGCUAUAAAGGGCAUCAAGGGAUACUGGAUUGGCCUGAGAGCUGAUCAAGGAAAAUGGAAAUGGAUCAACGGGGCUGAACUGAUCAAUACGAGCUGGAUAAAACACAAUGCAACUGAUGGUCAGUGUGUGACUGUUCUCAAAGGCGACGAGUGGAGAUCAGUUAGCUGUGAUGAGAAGAACGCCUGGAUCUGUGAGAAGAAGGCUUUAACUAUUAAUUAGGUCACAUUUAAACUUCUAAAAGACAUUCAAAUGUAUUUAAACAUAAAAACCUGAGCGUAAAUGUUGUUAUUUUAGACUGAGUUAAACUAUUUACUUAUCCACAUUUACCAAAUGUUACUUU